AUGCGUGGAACAUUAUUAUUUAAAGUUUUUCUUAUACUUUCACAAUAUAUCAUCUUUUCUUUUGCAACAUUUCCUCGGCAAAUUCCUUUCGCAUCUAAUAAUAAUAAUAUCGAACAACAAAGAAUUCUCGACAUUCCUCAACAUCACAUCAAAACGAACACAAAAACACUUAAAUUAAAGCAAAUAUAUCAUCAUGGUGUAACUCCUUCCACAAUUCAACUUUUUAGGAAGUUAAUCAUUAAAGAUAUCGAAAAAGAACUUCACACCACCACUGCAAUUUUCGAUGAACAUGUAAUCAAUAGUAUAUUUAUUGAUAACUCAAAGGAAAAUGAGAAGCCUAUAAAUUGUUUAAAUGAUAAGCUUGAUAGGAAGGAAGUACCUCAUAAAGAUAAGAAGACUGUUUUGUCUAUGGCUAAAAUGUCUUAUGAUGCUUACAUCGAAUUAGAAUCAUUAGAAUCAUUAAAAUAUAAAUGGAUUGAUUUAGACGGUGAUUGGAAUGAAUUACCAUUUGGAUGGGAAGGAAAUGGUAUUAGAGGUUAUGUUUUUUCUGAUAGGGAAAAUACAACUGUUAUUGUUGCUAUAAAAGGAACGGACCCAGCUUAUAUUGAUAUACCACAUGCUGGUAAACCACUUGAAAAACAUGACAAACUUAAUGAUAAUUUAAUGUUUUCUUGCUGUUGUGCAAAAGUUGAUAGAACAUGGAAAGGUGUAUGUGGAUGUUAUAAAGGUGGUUGGAAUUGUGAAAAGAAGUGUUUGAGUGAAGAAACUAAUAUUAAAGAUUCUUAUUAUAAUACUGCUUUGGAAAUAUUUAAAAAAGUUAAAGAAGAUUUUCCAAAUGCCACAAUUUGGUUAACAGGUCAUUCAUUAGGUGGAUCAUUAGCGUCGUUAUUAGCGAUCAAAUAUAAUUUGCCGGCAUUUGCAUUUCAAGCACCGGGAGAAUUAUUAUAUGCAAAAAGAUUAGGAUUAAAUACGACUCAAAACCCUAACAUCUAUCAUUUUGGUCAUACUGCCGACCCUAUAUUUAUGGGUGCAUGUAAUGGCGUAACAAGUACUUGUUAUCAUUGGGGUUAUGCUAUGGAAACUAAAUGUCAUGUUGGUUUUUCAUGUUUAUAUGAUACAAAAUCAAAAUUAGGUUGGAAUUCGAAUAUACUUAAGCAUGGACUAGAACUUUUUAUCGAAAAAGUUAUUGAUAAAUGGGAUAAAAUAACCAAAGGUGAAGAAGAAGUUGCUGAAUGUUUUAAAGAAGAAAAUUGUGAAGAUUGUAAAAAUUGGAAAUUCUUUUAA